AUGAGUGGCAGUGCUAUAAUAACUGACCAGAUUAUAUCAGUCAGCACCCACAGGGCACCCAACACUCCACCUCAUCCUACCAUCACUCCCUCCUGCUACCUGCUUCCCUCACACAGUCAUGUGCCAUUGUUCAAUAUUGAUGAGAUUAACCUUGAGGAAAUCCCCCGCAGCUUUAAAACGGAGACCGUCAGUCUGACAAGUGCAGCCAAAGUAAACACCGAGUCUAAGUCCAACGGCGCAACAACACAAGGAGCCAGGAUCAUGGAGGAUGAGGAUGAACAUCUCAGUCCAUUUGACCUGUCCGAGAUGUUAGCUGAGGGCACCAAGGAGGCCCACGACCGAGCAGAAAACUGCCAGUUUGUCAAGGAUUUCCUCAGAGGACACAUUAAAAAGGAGUUGUUUAAGAGAGGGACAGCAGCUUUAUAUUUUGUCUACUUGGCAAUGGAGGAGGAGAUGGAGAAGAAUAAAGACCAUCCUCACGUCGCUCCACUCUAUUUCCCUGCAGAUCUUUACCGUCGGGAAGCUCUGGCCCAGGACCUGGAGUAUUUAUAUGGAGAUGACUGGGAGAGCCAGAUCAGCCUGUCUGCAGGCACUAAGCUCUAUGUGGACCGCAUCCAUGAGGUGGGCCUGAAGGACCCAGUGUUGUUGGCGGCCCACUCCUACACCCGCUACAUGGGCGAUCUUUCAGGUGGACAGAUCCUGAAGAAAGUGGCCCAGAGAGCUCUGAAGCUCCCCUCCACAGGAGAGGGUCUGAACUUCUACCAGUUUGAGGAGAUCCACAGUCACAAGGACUUCAAGCAGCUUUACCGAAGCAGGCUGAAUGAGCUGGAGCUGGACAUGGAGACCAAACAGAGGAUCGUGGACGAGUCCAACAAGGCUUUUGGCUUCAAUGUGACAGUGUUCUCAGAGCUGGAGGAAAUUGGAAAAACCAUCAAAGAGGAGGUCCUGGAUGCAGGUUUUGGACACGGUCACGCAGAAAUCAUGCAGGGUGGUGAUAUCAGCAAGUGUCCAUACUAUGCAGCUAAAAUGGCUGUCAGUGGGAAUCCCACUCAUGCAGUCCAGUUGGUCCAGACUCUUCUCAGACAGCUGCCCUGUACGGUGGUGCUGGCCACCUGGGUUGCCAUCUUGGCAGGCUUUACUGCCUGGUACUUUCUGUGAGCUCUGAAAACACCUAAUGUGGCUGCAGUCAUCUCCUAGCAAACAAAACAAUAGCAUUGUCAUUUAUUGCAUUUCUUAUUUUACAUUU